ACUUGGAGGCGGCGGCGGCGGCGGAGGAGGCGGCGGCGGCGGCCGCCGGGCGCUGCAGUGGGACGCGCGCGGCUGCGAGCCUGCGGGACAUGCCCCCCGCGCCGGCUCCUUGCUGGCGGCCAUGAAGAGGCAGAACGUGCGGACUCUGUCCCUCAUCGUCUGCACCUUCACCUACCUGCUGGUGGGCGCCGCCGUCUUCGACGCCCUCGAGUCGGACCACGAGAUGCGCGAGGAGGAGAAACUCAAAGCCGAGGAGAUCCGGAUCAAGGGCAAGUACAACAUCAGCAGCGAGGACUACCGGCAGCUGGAGCUGGUGAUCCUGCAGUCGGAGCCACACCGCGCCGGCGUCCAGUGGAAAUUCGCCGGUUCCUUCUACUUUGCCAUCACGGUCAUCACCACCAUAGGUUACGGGCACGCCGCUCCCGGCACGGACGCGGGCAAGGCCUUCUGCAUGUUCUACGCGGUGCUAGGCAUCCCGCUGACGCUGGUCAUGUUCCAGAGCCUGGGCGAGCGGAUGAACACGUUUGUGCGCUACCUGCUGAAGCGCAUCAAGAGGUGCUGUGGGCUGCGCAACACGGAGGUGUCCAUGGAGAACAUGGUGACCGUGGGCUUCUUCUCCUGCAUGGGGACGCUGUGCAUCGGCGCGGCCGCCUUCUCCCAGUGCGAGGAGUGGAGCUUCUUCCACGCCUACUACUACUGCUUCAUCACGUUGACUACCAUUGGGUUCGGGGACUACGUGGCCCUGCAGACCAAGGGCGCCCUGCAAAAGAAGCCGCUCUACGUGGCCUUUAGCUUUAUGUAUAUCCUGGUGGGGCUGACGGUCAUCGGGGCCUUCCUCAACCUGGUGGUCCUCAGGUUCCUGACCAUGAACAGCGAGGACGAGCGGCGGGACGCCGAGGAGCGGGCGUCCCUGGCCGGCACGCGCAACAGCAUGGUCGUCCACAUCCCCGAGGAGGCGCGGCCGGGCCGGCCCCGGUACAAGGCGGACGUGGCGGACCUGCAAUCCGUGUGCUCCUGCACCUGCUACCGCCCACAGGAGUACGGCGGCCGCUCGGCGGCGCAUCAGAACUCCUUCAGCGCCAAGCUCGCCCCGCAGUACUUCCACUCCAUCUCUUACAAGAUCGAGGAGAUCUCGCCAAGCACAUUAAAAAACAGCCUCUUUCCGUCCCCCAUCAGCUCCAUCUCCCCCGGGUUACACAGCUUUACUGACAACCACAGGCUAAUGAGGCGACGGAAGUCCAUCUAGGUCUGGGGCGGGAAAUCCAAGCCCGAGUCUUGUGUCCUCUUUGACGUUCAGUCUCAUGGGCCCAACUUGUCUUAUUUAUUAUGAUUAUCCUUUAUGAUUAUCGUCAUCAUUUUUUUUUCCUUUCUCCCCUUCCUUCCUUUCUUGGUUUCAUUUCUUCCCCACUUUUCCAGCGAGACAGAGCAGGCCAAAGGGAAAAGAAAGCCCGUCUUCCUCUGAAACUCGCAUCUGAGCAUGAAGCAUGGAUUUUGUCCUUCUUCCCAGCAAAGUAUGCCUUACAUUUCUCCCCAGCCUGCCCCAUAUCUGGGGUGGGGAGGGGUGGCUUUCCCAGGACAGGUGUGAGACCCAGACAAGGAGACAGAGCCCAGAGGAUACCGACCCAAAGUUGCACACCCUGCUGAAUGCCCACCCACAGUGGCAUCUCUGACCCAACUCCCUCUCUCCUCCCCAAGCAGCGGGUGGCCGUGCGUCUGAGUGUUUGCGAGUGAGGACACACACCAGUCAGUGUGUGUCUGUGUGUGUAUGUGUGACGAGAUGGAAAGUACCAGGUGUUCAUCUUUCUUUUCCAUCACACAAUUCUGUUAAUAGUCCGCUUUUGGCUGCUUCCAAACAAAAAGGGGAAAACAAAAAACCCAGAAGGUUUUUGAUUUAUCAUCUUGCCGAAUCAAGCAUGUUCCAUAAGCAGCCUUUAUCCCAGGCGUGUCAUGAUCACAUUUUUUAACUGCUAGGUUCUAAAUUCUAUUAACUUCUUUUUAGGGGGUGGGUGGGCAAGCUGUCAUGGAUCAUUGUAGCUUGCCAGUUCAAAAAUUUUUUAAAUAAGCAUGCACUUUGUUAAACUGGUAUGCGUUAACAACACAAGAAAACAAAAAACUAGCAAUGGAAUAAUCAAAAGCCAAUAAUAUUAAUUUAUUAGAGACAUUUUUAAUUUUGCCAUCUCUAGUUCCAACAAUUUUCCAUAUAACUGGAAGUGUCAGGGGAAGCUGGAAAAUUGUUGCAACCACAGAGUAUCUAUUUUAUUAUUUCUGUCUUAUUUAUGUGACGAUGUGGAUGAAGUGUGCAGUGUCUACCUACAUGAGUGAGAAUUAUAGUCUGGGAUGCUUCGAUGAGAAUGGGUAUUAGUAAGUGGAUGUGGUUUCUUUCCCUAAUGAACAAUGACAGGGCAUUCCUCAUUUUAAAGAAUAUAUAUAACGUAUUUUAAAGUAUGUCUCCAACCGCAUUUGAUUUGUAAACAAGGGAAUGUUGAUGUUGGUCUCAGGAAGAGUUUGGAGGCAAGGAGCUGCAUCUUGGCCUGCUGGGAACUUGUCAGUCUCAGGGGAUGACUUUUUCUGAGUAAUGGAGAAAUUCCUCCCCACUCUCAAGAGGGGAUGACCCCCAAAGUGAAGGCCUCCAUAUCUCCUGGAGGCCAGUUGGGCUAUAGAACGUGGCAUCUUGAAGGCCCUUCCCAUGCAGGAAUAAAGGAAAGUCUGACCUCCAGAUUCACGGAGGGGACCUUCAUUCCCUCAUCACUGUCUCUGACAUCUCUAAAAAAUCAGCCAUCCUCAUUCCCCUUUUCAAAAAACUGGAAGUUCACGGCUCUCGGAUGGAAAUGGGCUUUGGCUGGGCCACUCAGAAGGGGAAGUGGGAGCCCCAGUGCGAUUUCCCAGAAUGGAGGAUCUGCUCCCUAGGAAGAACAGACCUACAAGUUUUCCCAAGAGACGGCCCCAGUGUACCCGCCCCAAGUGUCUGGGCCAUUGGACUGAACACGGCCCUCGAGAUUUCCCUGAAAACACAAGCACUUUAACGUUAGGUUCCUUGUUGAAAAUAAUCCCUUUGUCUGGCACACGGGGGCUGUUGGAGGAGUCUGGGAACCUGAUUGUCCAGACCAAAAUGCAUAGUUACCAACCUUCAAGGCCAUAUCAAUUAACUCAUUUUUAAGAUUAAAAGAAAAAAUUGAGGUUUCUAAAAUCUGUCUAGAGAAUAGAAGCAGCUGCUCUUCAAAUUUUUCUCUCUUGGAAGAGCUUGUUGGCUCUAGGGGGUCACAGGUGCAAGAGUACUCAUGUAUAUUUGCAGAUUGCUUCAUGCUCUGGAGGAAGGCACUUAGAGUAAGUGUGGGUUUCUCAUGAAAACCUUUGUAAGACUUGCCCUCAAAUGGGUGUGUGAUAAUCUUUAUCUGUAAAGAAACAGAGGUAUGAGAAGGUGAGUGAUUUGCUCAAUGUCAGAAAACUGGCCUUGACUAGAUCCAAGACUUUAGUUUCAGUCUAGACCCCCAGGAGGGUCCAAGAAACUGACUCCAUCAUACCAUGACACCCUCAUUCAGCCCUCAGAUGAGGGAACCUGCUUCUCUUUCUCCACACAUAAAUACACCAGGUUCUUAAAGUCAGAGGAACAUGGGCUCAACCCUUCAUUCAGGACUGUUCCCCACUAGGGUACAACGAUCAUACUUCUGCUUGAAUGCUUCCAAAUGACAGGCAGCCCCUCCCUUUGCAAGAAAGUUUAGAAAACAUCCCAUAAUCUCUGUUUCCACAGAACUGACUCUUCUUUGUAGGAUUAAGGCUGGUAGGGUGAAGUCUUUUAUGUUGGAUGACCACCAACUUAAGUGUCUGAACCAACCUGAAAUUUCCCUUAGUUCUGUAUCCCUUCCCCUGUCCCCCGCCCUUUACUACCCGCGUGGCCCCCUGAAGGACACCGAGUCUUCUCUUCUGAAGUCAGACAUCCUUGUUUAUACUCAGAGUGUUCAGGGGCAGAGGUGAACAUUGGUUGGCUUCCCUUGUGAUAUCUGUCUUUUUUCUCAGAUGGUGCAGCUCUUCCCUACCAUGCUGUCUGGCCAAGGAGUCCUCCAGAGGCAUCCAAUGAGGUGCUCUGAUGGGGGUGCUGAGUCAGGGGUUCUCCGGGGUUCUCUUCUUGAUAAACCUGGCCCGGGGCCCCUCCUCCUAGAGUGUGGCCCUCCUGAUCAGCGCUGGAGUCUUCAAAAGCCAGAGGGCCGCUUCAUCUGAGUCACCUUGCUGAGGCCCCCCCCCAUCUUCAGAGAGGGGAACUGAGGUCCAGAAGGGCUCUGGGCACACAUCUGAGGCCCCACAGCCGGAAGCUGGGUCUCCCCACUCGUUUCUCCUGCUGCUUUCCUGGCUGUUUUGUUACGCUGCCACUCACACCCUCCCAACAGUCCCUGUUGCUGGACUUCUUAGCAUCUCAGACCCAGUCUCUUCCCGGCUCUCAUAUCUGUGGUUUCCUUCUUUCAGCCCAGGUUUCCCACACUCUUCUUCCAGUUGACCACACCUGCUCAGGGAGUGGGAAGAAGUCUCACCAGGUUGGUUGGAUUCAGGCUUCAACUUAUAUUAAAGCAAGCUGAGGAAGAGCCACAUUCUACCAGAAUCACAGGAAAUAGGCCUGCCACCCAGUCCCUGAUGGGGUCUAGAGAUCAAUACACCACGUAGAUACUUAGACAUUUUGGAUUCUUGCUUGAAUGCUUUCCCACUAGGAGAUCUCAAUCCAUCCCUUCCAUCAAAGGACGAAGGAAGGUAGGCAAUGGUAUUGAUUAUCCCAGCAGCUCUGGGCACCAUGCUUUCUAGAGACCAUUCCACUUUAAUCUUCAUGAUAUCCAUCCUGGCUGGAUGGUGCUGUCACAUUGCCCUGCUAGACUCUUUACAUAGAAGUGAACCAAUCUGUUUGGGUUUUGAAGUACCUAGUCAGCACUAGGGCUGAGAUCAGAGUUCUUUCCUUCCGCACUCCAUCCUGAAACUCAGGCAUCAGCCUGGUAAAUACAACUCUAAAUUAAAACACACUCUCUGAGGCAUCUGUUGCAUUUCUCUUGUGCAUCACCCAUUGGGGAGGAGGGUACCAGCACUUUGGAAUGAUCACAGCAGAUCACUUGCAGCCCAGGAAUCCCCACUGGGUCCCUAAUCCUUCCAGGAAAGGAAGCAGAUGGAUGUAGGCUGCUCCCCAGGAUGCCUGCCUUUCAGGUGCUCAUUAAAACCCAUCCAUAAAAAGGGCGAGUUGACUGCUUAAUCUUGGCUUACUGCCGCUGAGUCUUUGCACACAGAUCUUCAGUUGGGAGGCUAUCUGGAUGGUGACUUGGAAACCCACAGAUAAGCCUAGUCAGGUCAUUCUUCUCUGCCUCCAGAUCCAAAAGUCUUGUGGGUCCUGAUUCCUGAUCACUAGCAGCUCAAAGCUAGAGGGAAGAAUGGUUUAAAGGCAUUCAUUGUACACAUUACGUUAGAGAGAGAAAAAAGAGGUGAAAAUGAUUAUAGGAGGAAAACCAUCUAUCACUGAGGUUUCUGGUUCUAUGUCUUUAGGUGAUCUCUCUCCCACCCCCGCCCCCACCACCCACAGAAUAGGUCCUAGUUAGGGUAUCCUACUUAAGGGCAUCUAUGGAGGUGUGGGUUUGAGGCUGGAUGCUAAACCAUGUCCCUCCUCUUGCUGGGAUGGACCACGCCAUCUUUGUCAAACACAGCAGGGAAUCGUGUCUGCACUCUGAAAGGGGUGGGACUUGGGGCCUGCUGCCUGGGGAUGCUAAAGACUCAUUCUUACAGAGCCACAGUGUGUGGGGGAACCGGGAGCAUCCCAGGCAAGAAUAGGUUGGGAAGACAACCUGGCUCUGGGCUCCUGGAAGUCCUGUGCCCUCCCUGGGCCUCGGUGUCUUCCUCAUCCACACAGUGGGCCAGCUUGGGCGGAAUUCGUGAGCCUUUAGUGCAGAAUCAGUUUGACUGAUGAGAGACAUUUGGCCUGAUGUUCUGGUCACUGCGCACAUUUGAGUCACAAAGAUGAAAAGCCCAAAUCAUUUGUUUGGCAGCAUCCUAGGAGCUGGGAGGAUGGAGAAGGGAUAGGCAGAGGCAUUGACAACAGCGGUCAUCACGAACGCCAAGGACCUGGGGGGGCUGCGUUCCUCCACGCCCUGGGUGUACAUCCAUUUUAUGUGGUUAUUACAUGAGCACACCUUAAUAGAGGUUGCUAUUUCAGAGAGGGGAGGAAAUGUCUAUUAUCAUGAUUCCUCCCUGCCCCCCGCCCCGCAUCCAACUUUCAGUUAUGAAAAGCCAGAUUCACAGAAAAACUGGAAGACCAGCAUGAUGAAAUUCCGUACCCCUUUCACCCAGACUCACCAGCCUUCACUACUUUGCCAUAUUUGCUUAAUCCCCUCCCACCCUCCACAUCAUCCCCUUCAUACCCAGAGAUACUGGGAGGAGGAAGUGGCCUCUCUAAUUUCUAGGUGGUUGGACCAAAGGAGAAAUUGUUUCUCUCGCAGGAACAAGAGCGUUCUCUUUGGUAACAGUGCUGUAAUCACCACUAAGAAGUUUAGCGUUUGUACAAUAAAAUUAUCUAAGAGGCAACCCAUAUUCACAUUUUCUACUUUGUCCCAAAAUUUGUCCUCCAGGGCUUUUUAUGUGAAUCUGACAAUCCAAGGUUGCAUCUCACAUUGCUUGCCUGCUUGCCCCAGACCCCUCCAAUCUAGGACAUUUUUCUCCUAUUUUUGUUUGCCAUGAUGUUGCUGGUUUGGAGUCUGGGCCAGUUGUCCUGUGGGCUGGCCCACGACCUGCCUCUGUUUCCCUAGGUUAAAGAAUUUCAGGCAAGAGAACCACAUAAUUGAUGUUGUAAUGAUGAAUGCAGUUGAGAAGUCUGGCUCCCUGGAGACCUGUGUUCCCUCUCUCUCAUUGUAGAUAAACAAGGCAUGUUAAAUGCCAUUCUCCUUUCUUGGAGACACUCACUGAAGCUGCAGGAGAGGUGUCCAGGAGCCCCUGGAUGCUGGGUCUCAUCACCAAAGCUGAAUAAGGCUCUGCUAUUUCUGACUUUUCACGUAGAUCUCUCUUCUGUGCUGAGAGUCGGCAAUCAUUCCCCUAAACACCUGUGGGGAUGGUCCAGCUAUAAAUAGACAAAGCACAGAGACGUCCUUUCAUCCAUUAUAAAGGGCUGGCAGGUGGAGCCCAGUAGGGUGGCUGGAAGGAUACCUGUGAGCCAGUGUGGUACUCGGCACCCAGGUGCUUUUCAAUGAGUGGUGGCAAGCGCCUUUUCAAUCAAUACUCCUCAAAAAUGUAAUUUGUUGGCAUGGCACUCUUCUUGGCCAUCAAGUGCUAAGACUGGUGACCUCUGCUUGAGAUGUUUGUUGGCACUGGCAAGUUCUAUAGCAUGGUCUUCUCAGUUCCAGUAGCAUACGGCAACCCACCCACUGUGGCUCUACCUUUUAUUUUGAUCAAGAAAAUCAUGUCCACGUGGGUUCCUGCCUCUGAGCCUCUGCCCACGCUGUUCCCACUCUCCAGAGUGGACGUGGAGAUGGGAGCAUCUCAUGAAUCCUUUCACAGCUCCUCCCGACAAUGUGCUCCACAAAGGACUCAGUGAUGCCCUCCAGGGUCCCCGGUCCUUCUUUCCAUAAUGGAUGAAUAUUCUGGGAAUAUGUUGGAAAUGACUCUGAUGCUGGGAAAGAUUGAGGGCAGGAGGAGAAGGGGGCGACAGAGGAUGAGACGGU